UUAGAAAAUCUGACCGGUCAGAUUCUGCGAAUCCACACAGUCUUUGGUAUCGAGCUACCAAAUAACAUGUAUGCUACCAUUUAUUGCAUGCGAUUCUGUCGGCUUCCUUAAAUCCUUCCUAAUGGCGACCAUAGACGAGUUAUAUUUAUGCGUAUUUUAUUAGCAUGUAGUGUGACUGCCACUAAAAGUGAAACAAUAACGGGACACGGCGUCUGUCUGUUAUACCCUAUUCAUUCAAAACCACUUCAGUUUGAGCUUCUGAUAUGCGGUCUUGAAUGAAAAGCUUGAGACAAAAAAAAUUCUAGAGUAAAUUGGUUUGGGUGUCUGUGUUCAUGACCUCAAAUAAACUACCAUGCUUCUGUGUUAAUUUAGUCUAGUCUUGAGGAGUUUACGGUUCUGAGUGAUCCUUGAUUCAUUCAUCAUUAUUCAUCAUUUAGCAGACGCUUUUAUCCAAAACUUACAAAAUGUGGAUUAACAGGGGAGUCACGUGACAGAAUGGAGGAUAAUAUUGAGGUGCUUCUUCAAGAUCAUACCCCGCGUUUUAGAAAUAGCAGCCACCUCACCUUAGCGAUUGGGACAGUAUUCACGGGAGUUUAUGGGAUAUGGGCCAUGUUCGUUCUGCCUGGUUUUCGGCGAGUGCCCAUCAGGCUAAAGGUGCCUUUCAUGCCCUCUCCGGAACAGCAGACUCAGAAUGUUUUGAAGCUGCUGAAGGGUCGGAGAGGCCAGCUGGCAGACCUGGGGUCAGGAGAUGGCCGUCUGGUACUGGGAGCCCACACCAUGGGUUUCCAAUGCACAGGCUAUGAGAUCAACCCCAUGCUGUUGGCCUACUCAAGAGCACGCGUCUGGUGGAGGGGCAUCCCCUCCACACACAUUCGCUUUCUAAAUCAGGACUUUUGGAAGACUGACAUGUCUAAAUACCAGAAUGUGACAGUGUUCUUGGCACCUGCUGUGAUGGAACAGCUGGAGCAGAAGUUGAGGGCAGAGCUUCCCCCGAAUGCUAGAGUGGUCGUCUGCUGCUUCCCUUUCCCUAAUUGGCUGCCCAGCUGUGCACAGGGGGCCGGGCUAGAGCAGGUCUGGGCCUAUGACAUGCCACCAAGAUCUGAGUAAAGCACUGGGACAGCCCCAUCAUCACAAGUCUAAUGGAACACAUACCACCCAAUCCCAACCCCACUGGAAGCUAUCAUCCAGUCCCAAGUCUAAUUGAACACACCAUUAGCCACAACUCUGAUGGAACACAUACCACCCAAUCACAACCCUACUACUGGAAGCCAGCCACCAAUUACAAGUCUACUGGAACAAAUACCACCUGCAGCAGCCUUUCUGUGAGGCGUCCAGCCUACAAGUGCUGGGAGACUUUCAGCCACUCAUAGUCCAGAGAGAUCAGGUCCGGCUCCACUGGUCUGUUUCCACAGCUUUCAUCAUCUCUGAGAGAAAUAGAUAGAUAGAUAGAAUUCAAUAAAUGACCGAAUUAACAGAGGACUGAGAUUAAUGAUGACUAAAUAAUCACUGCACACUGCACUGAGGAGUAAGCGAGCGCCUGUUUGCCUCCAGAAGAUUGCAGGAAAUAAAUAAUGAAUAAAUAAAUAAUGGCUGCA